CAGUCUGUAGGAACUGUUCCUCUGAGUGUGUCAGUAACUCGAAAAAAAGAGGAUGAAGUAUCAGUUGGAAGUGCACCUUUGGCAAGGCAGCAGUCAAAUCAAGCCUCUGAGUAUGCCAGCAGCCCUGUCAAAACAAAAACAGUAACAGAAUCUCGUCCUUUGUCACUUCCUGUGAAAAUCAUGCUGAACUCAUCUGAAAGCUCCAGAAGUCCUGAAGAAAGAAUGAAGGAAUUUAUUGGAAUAGUGUGGAAUGCAGUUAAGUGCCUUACACUUCAGCUUGAAGUGCAAUCUUGUUGUGUAUUCCUUCCGAAUGAUAGCCUGCCUUCCCCAAGUACGAUUGUAUCAGGUGACAUUCCUGGGACUGUGCGAAGCUGGUACCAUGGGCAGACCACUAUGCCUGGCACACUUGUCGUCUGCUUGCCCCAGAUAAAGAUUAUGAGUGCUGGACACAAACACAUGGAACCAUUGCAGGAAAUCCCAUUUGUUGUGCUAAGACCAAUCCUGGAAGAAGGUGAUGCUUUUCCAUGGACUAUUAGUCUACAUCAUUUCAGUAUAUAUACUCUUCUUGGGCAACAGAUGACACUUAAUUUAGUGGAACCAAUGGGCUGUACUUCUACUUUAGCUGUCACUUCACAGAAACUGGUUGCUUCAGGGCCAGAAUCCAGACACUCGUUUGUUGUCUGCCUCCAUGUCGACCUUGAGUCCCUUGAAAUAAAAUGCUCCAACCCACAGGUGCAUCUUCUGUAUGAACUGGCUGAGAUCACAACUAAAGUUUGGAAAAAAAUUCAGAAAAAAGGAAUUCUCUAUCAAUCAUCUGUGUAUACGGAAACUGUGACAGGACCUGUUCCUCCUAGCUCUCCAGUUAAAAGCAGUGUUGGUACCGCUCCACCAGACACCAGCACAUACAGCCCAUCAGCUGAUAUUGGGACCACUACAGAG